AAGAUGGUGAGAGCUCCUUGCUGUGAGAAGGUUGGAUUGAAGAAGGGGGCAUGGACAGCAGAAGAAGAUCGGAAGCUUAAAGCUUACGUGGAGAUAAAUGGACCUGGGAACUGGCGAGCUCUUCCUAAAAAUGCAGGUUUAUUACGGUGUGGGAAGAGUUGCAGAUUCAGGUGGAUGAAUUACCUUAGACCAGAUGUUAAAAGAGGGAACUAUAGCAGGGAGGAGGAAGAAACUAUCAUCAAAUUACAUGAAUUACUUGGUAAUAGAUGGUCUACAAUCGCAGCGAGUUUACCAGGAAGAACCGACAAUGAAAUAAAAAACGUUUGGUACAGCCAUCUGAAAACGCGGCUGAAAGGAAAGCCGACGACCCAAGAAACCAACAAGCCCACCAUGGAAACACCCAAGUGCAAUGCUGGAGCUUUAAAGGAAGAGUUACGAUCUAUUGUCUCACCCUCGAAUGUACCAACCAUCCCAAUAUCAGAAAAUUCGAGCUACAUUCAAAUGUACCAGCAGUCUUCUGACGAUUCAUUUCCCAUAAGCAGCAAUUCCUCAAAUUGCAACACGUUCAUGGUGGAGAAUUACAUAGAUUUGUCUGUGACAGUCGACCAAUUGCUUCAAUUGCAGUUCUCUCCAGUUUUGAAUGGAGAUUCCAAGGGUUCAAUUGAUCCGUACGAUGACGAUCUCAGAAGUUUUUGGUUAAAUCUCUUCAUGGAAGCAGAAGGGUGAAGAGGAUCCAACGGUCUGAUUGUGGUUUUUCCGCUGUUUGGUUGGUUGGUGGCAGUUUUGUGGAGAUAAAAUGAUUUGAACGUUUUGUAUUAUAUCAUGUCUGGUAUUUGACUGGGAAAAUAUUACAAUGCUACUUUCUGCAUGGGGACACUACGACAGUCCAAUUGAUGAGUCUGGGAUGUCCAUUAGUUCCAACGCACAUUUCA